ACGUAAUUGCUCCCCGCUUGAGCAGUUUCGAGUAGCGCCUGUCAGAGGUCAAGUGGAAUUAACCCCUCCGCACCCAAACUGCGGGUCCCUCCUCCCCCUGCAACUUCGUCUAUACUUCCCUCCUCCCCAUUUACAACUUCGAGCGGGGUCACCCUGGACAGGUUCUCCACGGUGGAUAGCGUGGGAACCAGAUACCCUGGAGGAGCUAGCUCAGUAAGGAGGCUCUCGGGCAGGGCGGGAAGGAAGGAUGACCUCUCCGAGCACGGACAGCUCCGGUAAGAGCCUGCAGUACCGGGUGGAUCACCUGCUAAGCGCCGUGGAGAAUGAGCUGCAGGCGGGCAGCGAGAAGGGCGACCCCACCGAGAGGGAGCUGCGCGUCACCCUGGAGGAGAGCGAGCUGUGGCUGCGCUUCAAGGAGCUCACCAACGAGAUGAUCGUCACCAAGAACGGAAGGCGGAUGUUCCCGGUGCUGAAGGCGAGCGUGUCCGGGCUCGACCCCAACGCCAUGUACUCCUUCCUGCUGGACUUCGUGGCCGCCGACAACCACCGCUGGAAGUACGUGAAUGGCGAGUGGGUGCCUGGCGGCAAGCCCGAGCCACAGGCCCCGAGCUGCGUCUACAUCCACCCGGAUUCGCCCAACUUCGGCGCGCACUGGAUGAAGGCGCCCGUUUCCUUCAGCAAGGUCAAACUCACCAAUAAGCUCAACGGAGGCGGACAGAUCAUGUUGAACUCCUUGCACAAGUAUGAGCCUAGGAUUCAUAUAGUGAGAGUUGGUGGCCCGCAGCGAAUGAUCACCAGUCAUUCUUUCCCGGAGACCCAGUUUAUAGCUGUGACAGCUUACCAAAACGAAGAGAUAACAGCUUUAAAAAUUAAGUACAAUCCCUUUGCAAAAGCUUUUCUUGAUGCAAAAGAAAGAAGUGACCACAAGGACAUGAUGGAUGAAGUGGGAGAUGGUCAGCAGUCAGGGUAUUCGCAAUUAGGUGGCUGGCUGAUUCCUGGAACAGGGACUCUGUGCCCUCCUGCCAAUCCUCAUCCACAGUUUGGAGGGCCCCUGUCACUCUCCCCUGCUCACAGUUGCGAAAGGUACUCCUCCCUGAGGAAUCACCGCCCUGCCCCUUAUCCGAAUCCAUACACACAUAGAACCAAUUCUCCAACAGCAUAUGGUGAUAGUUCUUCAGCCUGCCUUUCUAUGCUCCAAUCCCAUGACAACUGGUCCAGUUUAGGUGUCCCACCCCCGACAAGCAUGCUGCCUAUGAGUCACAGUACCAGUCCACCAACCAGCUCCAGCCAGUAUCCCAACCUGUGGUCUGUCAGCAACAGCACCGUCUCGCCUGUGUCACAGUCAGGUGGGAUGCCCAGUGGGAUAGGAUCCCAGUUUUUACGAGGCUCCAUGACCCACUAUCCCACCCUCCCUCAUUCUGUCACCACCCCUUCCUCAGGAUCUCCAUUGUACGACAGUGGGACCCCUACAGACAUUGCCGACAGUCAAUAUGAUGCAUCAGUGCAUGCUAGACUUUCUUCUACAUGGACUCCUGUAACAACCCCUUCUAUGUAGGCCUUUCCUUUUGACAAAGGACUUUCUAGCUACUCUAAACCAGGAAUACAGAAGUAACGUUUCAGGAGGGCAGAAGGAAAAGGCAUGAAGUAUGCUAGCAGUAAUUGCUUUAUGCUCAUCUCAGUAUUAGAGUGUAAUGAUAGCAGCACAGACACCUUAUGAAAGGGGGUAUGAAACCUGUUUGGCAGUACA